GACCGGUAAUCUCAGCCUCUGAGAAACAAUACUGAAGAGGUUGCCUCCAUCAAGGCAGAGCCGAACGGGUCCUGGUGCCAAGUACCGGGCGCGGGGUCCCGUCCCACAACAUCAGAUGCGAAGGCUGGGUUCGUUCCCUUCGCCCCAAAUUGGCUCCUCCUAUGCAUCCCAGCCCUGUACAGUAAGAAAAAGAUGUCUCCCCAAAUGUUUGAGUUCCAUCUACCCUUAGCCCCAGAGGAAUUGUUGAAAAAUGGAGGGGUGAAUCAGUAUGUCGUGCAAGAGGUCCUGUCUAUCAAACAUCUUCCAGCACAUCUUAAAGCAUUUCAGGCUGCAUUUCGAGCUCAGGGGCCCCUGGCUAUGCUGGAGCAUUUUGACACUGUCUACAGCAUUCUACAUCAUUUUCGAAAUAUAGAUCCUGACCUCAAGGAAGAUACUCUGGAAUUCCUGAUAAAAGUGGUAACCCAUCACUCCCAGGAACUUCCAGCCAUCCUGGAUGAUGCAGCCUUGAGCACAUCAGAUAGAAAUGCCCACCUAAAUGCCCUCAAAAUGAACUGCUAUGCUUUGAUACGCCUCCUGGAAUCCUUUGAGACCAUGACCAGCCAGACUAGCCUCAUGGACCUAGACCUUGGUGGGAAGGGCAGGAAAGCUCGGGCCAAGGCAGCUCAUGGCUUUGACUGGGAAGAAGAAAGGCAACCAAUUCUUCAGCUUUUAACACAGCUGCUCCAAUUGGACAUUCGUCACCUGUGGAACCACUCAAUAAUUGAAGAAGAAUUCGUCAGUUUGGUUACCGGGUGCUGCUACCGCCUCCUGGAGAACCCCACUAUUAGUUACCAGAAGAACCGCCCCACCCGGGAAGCCAUAACACACCUGCUUGGUGUCGCCUUGACUCGUUAUAACCAUAUGCUCAGUGCCACGGUGAAGAUAAUCCAGAUGCUGCAGCACUAUGAACACCUUGCGCCUGUGCUGGUAGCAGCUGUGAGUCUGUGGGCAACUGAUUUUGGAAUGAAGAGCAUAGUGGGAGAGAUUGUAAGAGAGAUUGGACAGAAGUGCCCUCAGGAGCUGAGUCGGGACACUUCAGGGGCAAAGGGUUUUGCGGCCUUCCUGACAGAACUAGCAGAACGAAUCCCAGCCAUCCUGAUGUCCAGCAUGUGCGUUUUGCUAGAUCACCUGGAUGGAGAGAACUACAUGAUGCGCAAUGCUGUGCUAGCAGCCAUGGCGGAGAUGGUACUGCAGGUUUUGAAUGGGGAUCAGCUGGAGGACGCAGCCCGUGACACCAGAGAUCAGUUUUUGGACACCCUGCAAGCCCACGGCCAUGACGUCAACUCCUUUGUGCGGAGCCGUGUCUUGCAGCUCUUCACUAGAAUCGUCCAGCAGAAGGCUCUCCCCCUGACACGUUUCCAGGCAGUGAUGGCAUUAGCAGUGGGACGUCUAGCGGACAAGUCAGUGCUAGUGUGUAAAAAUGCCAUCCAGCUGCUGGCCAGUUUUCUCGCCAAUAAUCCCUUUUCCUGCAAGCUUAGUGAUACUGACCUUGCUGGACCACUGCAGAAGGAAACCCAGAAGUUACAAGAGAUGAAGGCCCAGAGGCGAACUGUUCCUGCUUCUGCUGUGCUGGACCCAGAGGAGGAGUGGGAAGCCAUGCUGCCAGAGUUGAAGCUCACCCUGCAGCAGUUGGUAAAGCUCCCCCAGGAAGAAGAGGAGAUUCCUGAAGAAAUCGCUGACAGAGAGACUGCUGAAGAGGUGAAAGGACGCAUCCGGCAGUUACUUGCCAGAGCUAGUUACAGGCAGGCCAUCAUCCUCACUAAAGGAGCCAUAGGUCACUUCCAGGAGUCCGAACCCUUCAAUCACAUGGACCCAGAGGAAUCGGAGGAGACCAGAAUCCUGAAUCUUUUAGGAACUGUCUUCAAAGGCCCAGCAUCUUCUACUGAAGAAAAGGAUCCCCAGGGUUCUACAGGAAACAUGGACCCAAGACAGACUAACUGUAAAGACAAGCCCAGUGUGCCUGAGCCCAUGAAAUCCAUGGAAAAUGAUGAACUGGUGAAGCAGGAGAUGCUAGUGCAGUAUCUGCAGGAUGCCUAUAGCUUCUCUCUGAAGAUCACACAGGCCAUUGGCAUCAUUAGCAAGAUGAUGUAUGAAAACACAACUACAGUGGUACAGGAGGUGAUUGAAUUCUUUGUGACGGUGUCCCAGUUUGGGCUUCCCCAGGCCCUGGUAGGGGUACGCCGCAUGCUUCCUCUCAUCUGGUCUAAGGAGCCUGGUGUCCGAGAAGCUGUGCUUAAUGCCUACCGCCAACUUUACCUCAACCCCACAGGGGACUCUCCCAGAGCCAAAGCCCAGACUUUGAUUCAUAAUCUCUCUUUGCUGCUUGUGGAUGCCUCAGUUGGGACCAUUCAGUGUCUUGAGGAAAUUCUCUGUGAGUUUGUGCAGAAGAAUGAGUUGAAACCGACAGUGACCCAGCUGCUGUGGGAGCGGGCAACCGAGAAGGUCCCCUGCUCUCCUCUGGAGCGCUGCUCUGCGGUCAUGCUCCUUGGCAUGAUGGCACGAGGAAAACCAGAAAUUGUGGGAAGCAACCUGGACACACUGGUGAGCAUAGGGCUGAAUGAGAAGUCUCCACAGGACUACAGGCUGGCCCAACAGGUGUGCCAUGCCAUUGCCAACAUCUCUGACAGAAGAAAGCCUUCUCUGGGCAAACGUCAUCCUCCUUUCCGGCUGCCUCGGGAACACAGGUUGUUCGAAAGACUGAAAGACGUGGUCACAGAAGGCUUUGUCCAACCAGACCCCCUCUGGAUCCCAUUCAAAGAGGUGGCGGUGACCCUCAUUUACCAGCUGGCCGAGGGCCCUGAGGUGCUCUGUGCUCAGAUACUGCAGGGCUGUGCGAAGCAGAUGCUGGAGAAGCUGGGGGAGAAGAGCACCAGCCAGGAGGACCCCAAAGAGACCCCCAGGCUCCCCACUCUCCUGCUGAUGAACCUGCUGUCCCUGGCUGGCGAUGUGGCCCUGCAGCAGCUGGUACACCUGGAGCAGGCAGUGAGUGGGGAGCUCUGUCGACGCCGAGUUCUUCGGGAAGAACAGGAGCAUAAGAUUAAAGGCCCGAAGGAGAAGAAUCCAAGCUCUGAGACCACCAUGGAGGAGGAGAUGGGGCUGGUGGGCGCUACCGCUGAUGACACAGAGGCAGAACUAAUCCGUGGCAUCUGUGAGAUGGAACUGUUGGAUGGCGGACAGAUCCUGGCUGCCUUUGUGCCCCUGGUGCUGAAAGUCUGCAACAACCCCGGGCUCUACAGCACCCCGGAGCUCUCUGCAGCAGCCUCACUCGCCCUUGGCAAGUUCUGCAUGAUCAGUGCCACUUUCUGUGACUCCCAGCUGCGCCUUCUCUUCACCAUGCUAGAAAAGUCUUCACUCCCUAUUGUCCGAUCUAACCUCAUGAUUGCUACUGGGGAUCUGGCCAUCCGCUUCCCCAACCUGGUGGACCCCUGGACACCUCAUCUGUAUGCGCGCCUCCGGGACCCAGCCCAGCAAGUGCGGAAGACAGCAGGGCUGGUGAUGACCCAUCUGAUCCUCAAGGACAUGGUGAAGGUCAAGGGGCAGGUGAGCGAGAUGGCAGUGCUGCUCAUUGACCCCGCCCCCCAGAUUGCUGCCCUGGCCAAGAACUUCUUCAACGAGCUUUCCCAUAAGGGCAACGCAGUCUACAAUCUCCUUCCAGAUAUCAUCAGCCGCCUGUCAGACCCUGAGGGAGGCGUGGAGGAAGAGUCUUUCCACACCAUCAUGAAGCAGCUCCUCGCCUACAUCACCAAGGACAAGCAGACUGAGAGCCUGGUGGAAAAGCUGUGUCAGCGCUUCCGCACGGCCCGGACCGAGCGGCAGUAUCGGGACCUGGCCUACUGCGUGUCACAGCUGCCCCUCACAGAGCGAGGCCUCCGCAAGAUGCUGGACAACUUUGACUGCUUUGGAGAUAAACUGUCAGACGAAUCUGUCUUCAGUGCCUUUCUGUCAGCUGUGAGCAAGCUGCGGCGUGGGGCCAAACCUGAGGGCAAGGCUAUAAUAGAUGAAUUUGAACAGAAGCUGCGGGCCUGUCACACCAGAGGGCUGGAUGCAGCAGAGGAACUUGAGACUGGCCAAGGAGACAGCCAGCGGGCCCUGUCAGCCAGGAAGCCACCCGCUGGCUCCAGGCAGCAGCAUCUGGCAUCUGCAGCCUCGGAGAGUGACUUCGUCACACCAGAGCCUCGCCGCACCACCCGGCGGCAUCCACACACCCAGCAACAGGUUUCAAAAAAGAAACCCAAGGUGGUCUUCUCAAGUGACGAGUCCAGCGAGGAAGAGCUUUCAGCAGAGAUGACAGAAGAUGAGACACCCAAGAACACCACCCCCAUCCGCCGAGCGUCCACUCGCAGACUCAGGUCGUAGGACGCCGCCCUGCCUGCCCCUCCCUGCCGUGCAGGGUACUUGCGGGGCCACCUUGACUUCGUUUCCUUGUGAAAUUCUUACUUGCCUGUCUCCUGGUUUUUAAUACAUAAAUAAUUUCUUUUAAACUAG